AUGAUCUACGAGCCCAAUCAAUGCCCGAUCCGGUUUGGGCUGGGUGUAUUCGGGGACCGCUGGUCCCUGUUAAUCAUCCGCGACAUGAUGUUCCGUAGCUUCACCCGGUUCCAGGACUUCCUGGAUGCCGGCGAAGGCAUUUCGACGAAUGUCUUGUCCGACCGCCUGAGCCGACUGGAAGCGCAGCAGAUCAUCAGCCGUCGAAAGGACCCGGCCAACGGGCGGCAGGUCCUGUAUGAAUUGACGGAAAAGGGAAAGGACCUGCUGCCGGUGCUGCUGGCGGUGACCGGCUGGGCCGAAAAGUAUGACCCGGAGACCAGGAUUUCCAGCGAGAUGGGAGAACGAAUACGGACUGACAUAUUUGGGGUCCGCGAUGAAUUGCUGGCCGCUAUGGAGCACCCAAGCUCAAGUCAGGUUAUUCUACUUCUACGGGCAGAUCGCCGAUGCGCAAAUAGAUUCUCCAGACAAGUGAGAGUGACAGAAGCGUCCAUGUCCUUCUCCGGGCCCAUUGUCGUCUUUUGGCACGGCCUCCCAUUCAGAGAACAUCCGAACCCGUCCCGAGAGUGGACUUUGGAUCACAACGCCGACGGCGGCCGGAGCUACGUCUACUCCCACGUUAUCGCCCGCUACCCGAUGCACGCUGAGAUCCAUGUGAAGUAG